AUGGUGGAGGAAAUCCGCGUAGCGCAGGCUGAGGGGAGCAAGGAAGCGAGGUGGGCAUCUUGGAAAGACGGCUGCCACUUGAUCACGAAGGCGCCCGAGUGUUCUGCCACCUAUUGUGACGUGGUUGCCCGGGUCAUCUCCUACUUCCGCAUCGUGGAAGCAUCCGUGUACUCUCGCUUCAAUUGGUAUGUUAACGGGGCAGACUGGAAGCCACUGCACCACGACACCGCGGCAUUUAGCCAGCGGCGGCUGGGCAAGCAGAACAUCACUGUGGGGGUUUCACUGGGGGGAGAGCGGGAGCUCGCUUUCAGGCACGUGCAGCAUGGCACCUUGGCAUACUUCCCUCAGCUGAAUGGUAUGGCUUUCUCCUUCGGGCGGCGAAUAAAUAUCAACUGGAAGCAUGGGAUCAAUGCUCUUCCCCCAGAAAAGCACGACCAGCUUGGACGUAUUUCCAUUAUCCUCUGGGGAUGGACAGACCUGGCUGCGGACGAGAAUGACCCAGAGUAUGGCGAGGCAGUCGAGGGUGACGUGCCGAAAGCGGAGGCAUUCCACCGCGUGUGCAAACAGUUCCAAAAAGGUAAGUGCACCUAUGGUGAGCGCUGCAAGUUCACUCACGCUGAGGAACCGUGA